CGCUGAGCCAUGGAGCGCUGAAGCGGCGGGUGACGGAGACUCGUGAGAGGCUGCAGGUGCUCGCGCUCACACCGCGUCCUCUAAACAACAACAACAACAGCAGACUCUGCAGCGGAUCAUUUCAUAUUUCAUGCUUUUUAUUUAAUUUUUCUUUCUUUUUUUUUUUUUGACAAUGCGGAUUCUCCGGUGCGCGGUCACGGUGCUCGUCCUGAGUCAGCACAUCAGCGCGCUCAGUAAGGUCUUCGGGGACGUGGAGCCGGUGAGGAUGACGUCGGAGGGCUCGGACUGCCGUUGCAAGUGUGUGAUGCGGCCGCUGAGCAUCGAGGCGUGCUCGAGGCUUCGGGACGGGACCCUGAAAGUGGACGAUUUUUACGCGGUGGAGACGGUGAGCUCAGGAUCGGACUGUAAAUGCUCGUGCACGGCUCCACCCUCGUCUCUGAACCCCUGUGAAAAUGAGUGGAGGACGGAGAAACUGAGGAAGCAAGCACCUGAAUUGGUCAAGCUGCAUUCCAUGGUGGACUUGCUGGAGGGGACGUUGUACAGUAUGGAUCUGAUGAAGGUUCAUGCAUACAUGAAUAAAGUCGUGGCUCAGAUGAACACACUGGAGGAGACGAUCAAAACAAACCUGAGCCGAGAGAACGACUUCGUUCGAGACAGCGUCGUGAAUCUGUCCAAUCAGCUGAAGAAGUACGAGAACUACUCGGACAUCAUGGUGAGCAUUAAGAAAGAAAUCUCCAGCUUGGGAGUGCAGCUGCUGAAGAAAGACACAACCAACAACAAGGCGCAGGCCACCGACAGCAAGAAGGGCAAAGAGGCAGUAAAACCCCCCAGUAAAAAGUCGCCGGUGGUUAAACCUCCUCCAAAGCCUCCCAAAGAGAAACCCGCCAAACCCAAAAAGGAGCCUCUGCCACCCAAGACGCCCAAACCUGCGAAACCAGAGCCGACGCCCAAGAGCAAACUGGCGGGUCACCAGCCGGGGGUCAUCAGGGGCAUCACCUACUACAAAGCCACCAGGACGGAUGAGUCAGGGACGGACAGCGCAGCCAAAGGAGACAGAGAAAACACAGCCAAAACCCACGCCAUCCACCAAAUCGAGGACAAGGGAGGUUCCGAACUCGUCUUGGAGGCCAUCGAGGGCACCACUCCCGUGUCGCCAAAAACAACAAGGACAGCAACAACAACAAAAACAACUGUUGCUCCAACAGCAGUUGCCUCACAAACACAAACAUCCACCAGCGAUGAUGAGCUUCUCACCACGAGUUCCACCAAGUCAGACUCAGAGACGGAGAAUCUCACCAUCACCGUCACACCAUCACUGAAGAGCACAAGAUCUGGCUCUAACAAGCCAGUGUACAUUAAACCUCUGGAGUGUGAGGGCACCAUCGCCUCGGUGGAGAUGCCGGAGAAGCACCACAGCUACGGGCGUAACGAAGGCGCCUGGCUGAAGGAUCCUGUCGCCAAGGACAACAAGAUCUACGUCACCAACUACUACUAUGGCAACAACCUGGUGGAGUUUCGCAACCUGGAUAACUUUAAGCAAGGUCGCUGGAGUAACCUCUACAAGCUCCCUUAUAACUGGAUAGGAACAGGUCACGUGGUCUACAACGGCGCCUUCUACUACAACCGAGCCUUCACCAAGAACAUCAUCAAGUAUGACCUGAGGAUGCGCUACGUGGCAGCGUGGACGCUCCUCCACGACGUCGUCUACGAGGACACGACGCCAUGGAAGUGGCGCGGCCAUUCGGACAUCGACUUUGCCGUGGACGAGAGCGGACUCUGGGUGAUCUACCCGGCACUGGACUACGACUACUCGCAGCAGGAGGUGAUCGUCAUCAGCAAGUUGGACCCGAGCGACCUGUCCACCAAGAAGGAGACGAUGUGGAGGACGGGCCUGAAGCGCAAUAGGUACGGAAACUGCUUCAUCGUGUGCGGUGUGCUGUACGCUAUCGACGUGUACAACCAGAGAGACGGCGAGGUGGUGUACGCCUACGACACGCACACCAACACCGAGGCGGCACCGCGGCUCCCGUUCACCAACGAGUACGCCUUCGUCACCCAGGUGGACUACAAUCCUAAAGAGAAGGUGCUUUAUGCCUGGGAUAACGGACACCAGCUGACUUAUAACAUUCACUUCGUGGGCCAGUGAGAGGCUCGGAAAACCGUUCCGCCUUGAAUUCAGGAAAUCUGACUUUUCUAAGAGGGAAAUAAAUAAAAUAUAAAGAAUAUUAUAAUAGUUGUACAAGGGAAAUGAACUCUUUUUGUCAUUCAAGAAAUGCUAAAAUAAAGAAACGUUGUUCAUGUAGUUUGUGCAGCCAAAAUGGUUUUAAAAUAAUUCGGAAAAUUAAAAAAAUUCAGGGUUGACACAUUAAAAAUGUAUUCUGCUUGACAUUUAAAUUUUAAAGAAAUGUUUCCCACAAGAAAAUUCAUACAUUUACACUCACAAAAAAUAUAUUCGAUCACGUCUCAUUGGAAAUUUGACUUUUAUAUCAUUGGAAAAAUUCCUUGCUGGUGUCACCGCUAAACUCAAUUCCAUGUUGGAAUUUUGAUCCAGCUCAUACUAGAAAGUCUACGUUCUUAGAAAGAGGAUUUUUUAUAUGAUUUUUUUUUUAAAGACAUGUUUUCCCCAAAUUAGGUUUACACUUUGACACACUUUAUAUCAGGAAUUGUACAUUUUUAUCCAAGCUACCUGAUUGUGAAUUAUUAGUCUUACAGAGUAAUGUUUUUUUUAAUAAAAAAUGAUGAUACUACACAACAUUAUGAAAGUUAACAUUUAAAAAAAAUAUUAUGUGAAUAAAUAAUAUUUUAAUAAACUUAUAAAACACAAUGUAAGAUGUUUAUGGUACUUGUAUUAAAAUGGGUGUAUCAGUGUAUGUAAAUGACUCAUUUACACUCAGCUAGUAAUUUUGUAAAAUAUAAAUUACUUUUGCACUGUAAAUAUUUCCAGAAACUGUUAGCGACAGAGCUGUAUGUUAGAUCCAUAAGGGUGUGUGUGUGUGUGUUUUUUUUUUUAAAUGUCUCUCAAUAAACAUUGGUUAAACUCCUGGAUGAGUUUCUAUUAGAUUUUCUGUUUUGUAUGACUCACGCAUGGAGAGUGAAAUGUUCCAUGUUUUCUGCACUAUAACUAAAAUAAAUUUCAACUCCAUUACCAUGGUGCCUCUAGAAUCUGGAUGUCAGAGGGGUUUUUUUUUGUUUUGUUUUGAUGGUGGUGAAAAAUAAAGACAGUUUGAAAUCAU